AUGAGAUAUACCAGCCUCUUCAGCCUUGCAUUUUUGCUUCAAGUUGCUCCUGCCUUCGCCGAAUGGGACCAAAAUGUCCGGACCAUAACCAUUCAACUUGCCAAUGACCCUUCUGGACUCAAUGCCGACAGAUGCAUCCCCGCUGAUGGCAAAAAGUACCCCAUCAGCUCUUUCUGGGGCAACACCGCACUCUCGAAAAACGGGGGAAUCUACGCCACAAACGGGCAGCUCAUUGCUUUCCCACAGGACGGAGCCUGCACCAUCGAAUGUGCUCACGGGACUUUGGAUUUCAACGCCAGAACGACUUGGCUAUCUUUGGCCCACGGGCAAUCUGUGAACUUGCAAGGCGCUACUGUCUCCUGCCGCGAGAACAGGUGGUAA